AUGGCUCUUACGCAGUGCAUGCCCGCAGCGGGCUGUGAGCAUCUCGAUACCGAAGCCACCACUAAAAUCAACGCCUUUCGCGAAACCAGCAACAACCAGCUGGACCCAGACUUUGCAACAUACUCUUGUAUCGCAUGCUCUUUCUCCGGCAGCUUCACGGCACUGAACAAGCACCUCUCCAAGACCCAGCAUGGGUUCGCCGUCUCUCACAACUCUGUGUACUGUGGUAACUGUAAUGAUCUGAUCUACGAUCCGGCCUUAGUCAUCAGCACCGGCAAAAGCAGCAGCAUCAGCAGCAAGGUCAACGGAGUGAAGAGGAAAAUUUCAGAGUCCAACGACGGGGAGGACGAUUCCUAUCUGACAGCAAACACCUCCCAGCGGCCGUGUGGCAGGACCGGUGUUCGCGGCUUGUUCAAUCUAGGCGAGACGUGCUACAUGAACGCCGUGCUGCAGAUGAUGGUGCACAAUUCCCUGCUGGCAAGCUAUUUCUUAGGGAUGGGUCACCCGAUCCAUACAUGUCCGAUUUCCAAGGAGCCUGACAAGAAGGAGAAGAACGAUUCUGACGACGACGAUGAAGAUGACGGGUCGGCAGAAGGUUCUCAGAACAAAGAGCACAAGACUUGCGUUGCCUGUGGCAUGACCGAGCUAUUUUCCGAUGUCACUAUGGUGGAUCAGCCUCUUCCUGCCCACGCUGUCAAUCUCUUGUUUGCUUCGUGGAAGAAUAUUCCGCAAAUGUCUGGCAAGGGGCAGCAAGACGCUCAAGAAUGGUUCAUGUGCAUCGUUGACCGCCUGCACGAAGGGGUGGCCCAGUACGUCCCGUCGUCCGAAAACAAAUCCCACGCCACCAACCAGGCCAACGGGAUAGCGACACUGGACAAGCAAUGCAUCUGCUUCUUCCACAAAGUCUUCUACGGACGUUACAACAGUCAGAUCACCUGUGACACGUGCCACACCGUGUCAAGUCGGGAGGAUGAGUUUUCAAGCAUCUCACUAGAUUUCCAGAAACAAAUGAAGAAGAGGAAGAAGGGGCCGAAAGACGGCGGUACCAAGGAAUCAAAAGACACUGGCGGCAACGAGGGGAGCAAAGACGACAAGGACGUAAAGAAAGGCGAAGGAGCCAAAGGCUCCAACAAGGACAAGGCCGCGGACCUCAAAAUCACCAUCCCAACCAUCCAAGAUUGCCUGCGGGCGUUCACGGCACCCGAACCCCUCUCACCCGAUCAAUACAAGUGCAACAACUGCAACGCGCGACGGUCUGCAUCCAAGCAGACCCGCAUCCGGAAGUUGCCUGCCAUCCUGUGCGUGCACGUCAAGCGGUUCGGGAUGAAGCAGAGCGCCGCCGGGGUUUUUGGGCCGGAGAAAUACGAAGGCAAGAUCGACUUUGGCCUGCAUCUCGACAUGGCUCCAUACACCACACGGCCGCCCACCAGGGUUCCCGAGCCGGUCAAGAAAGAGAAGAAAGACAGCGGCGAGGUCGAGAAAAAGGACAAGGAGCCCAAGAGUUCUUCGUCCUCGACCAAGGCGUCGAGUUCCAGUACGAGUCCUGGCAGUGCGGCGAGAAAGGAGAGCGAGUUCAUGUACGACCUCGACUGCGUCGUCGUGCACCAGGGCGAGCACGCCCAGAACGGCCAUUACUUUGCCUUUUGUCGCCAGGACAACAAGUGGUUCCGCUUCGACGAUGAGAUUGUCAGCGCGACCACCACCGAGGACGUCUUGAGACAGGAGGCCUAUCUCCUCUUCUACAGCUUGCGCAGUCUCGAGAAGAUCUGA